UCGAGCACAAUAUGGAAACACUAGAGAGAUUGAAAUCUCCCUAUCUGAGCCAUCUCAUUCUCUGUUAUCCUAUUAAAGCAUACUUCAGUAAUAUUUGAAUUGGAAUGAAAUGAAACAAAUUGUAAAUCUCUCCAAACGAGCAGUCUAGAUUCACCACCUGUCAAUUGCUGAGGCUACAAAAGCAUCCCAGUUGGACACGUGGCAGCCACCCUGGUGCCGAAUAACACCUGGAAUUCUACUAAUAUGACAGAGAAGUCAAGAACAAGUAUGGACGUGUCUCUCUCGGAAGUUGUCUCUGACAUGAAGUUUUUGCAAUGUUAAAGGGAGGAGCCCACGGAAUGGUCUCACUUCUCAGCUAGUUUCCAGUUCAAAAAACCCAAGUACCUGAAGGAAGCUUCAAAGUUGGAUCUCAUCGAUUGUUUUGCUUUUCACUGGCUUCUUUGUUGGGGAGUGGAUUGUUUGCUGCUUUCUCAUCUGUGUUCAUCUUAAAGAGAGACAGAAAAACUCAAAGAUGAAGGUUCAUGAAACGAGGUCCCAUUCUCACACUCAUGGUUCUGGUGAAGAAGAAAAGAAAGUGACAAGGAAGCAGAAGGCAGAGAGCAAGACACAUGAAAGCGAACAAUCGCCAAAGAAAGUCAAGUCCGAAGAUGAAAAUAGCCGCCCCAACGGCAAAUCCGAAGUCAGCCUUGCAGAUGAAUUUGAAGAGUUCUGUAAGGCUACGAGAGAGAGUCUCUCCAUUAAUCAAAUGAAGGAGAUUCUGCAAAUGAAUGACCAAGACUCCACUGGCCCUGACUAUGAAGUUGCUUCUAAAUGUCAAGACUUGCUGUUCUAUGGUGUCCUAGAAACAUGCCCAGUUUGUAGUGGCAAGCUGGUAUUUGAUGGGAAGCGCUACUCUUGCAAUGGCUUUCUAAGUGAAUGGUCUACCUGUACCUUCAAAACGAAGGAUCCUCCUAGGAAAAAUGAAACCAGCAAGUUACCAGAAUCAGUCUUGAAUUCUCCCAUUUCAGAUUUGAUAAAGAAGCAUCAGAAUCCGGGUCAACGUCCAAAGAGAAAUCUUGGCCAGACAGAUAAACCCUUCUCUGGAAUGACAAUUUCACUCUCUGGUCGUCUAUCGAGAACUCAUCAUUACUGGAGAAAAGAAAUUGAGAAGCAUGGAGGGACCGUUAACAAUUCUGUAAUUGGUGUCAGUUGCUUGGUUGUCUCUCCUGCUGAGAGAGAGCGGGGUGGAUCUUCUAAAGUUGCAGAAGCAGUCGAAACAGGUAUACGAGUCAUCCGUGAAGCUUGGCUACUUGACAGCAUUGAGAAGCAAGAAGCUCAGCCAUUGGAAGCUUAUGAUGUUUUGACAGAUCUCGCUGUGGAAGGCAAAGGGAUCCCUUGGGAUAAACAAGAUCCCUCGGAAGAGGCACUUGAAUCCCUCACAGCAGAACUCAAGUUAUAUGGAAAGAGAGGGGUUUACAAGGAUACCAAAUUACGAGAACAGGGUGGAGAGAUAUUUGAAAAGGAUGGAAUCUUGUAUAAUUGUGCCUUUUCACUCUGCGAUCAAGGCCGGGGACUCAAUGAGUAUUGUAUUGCUCAACUGAUCAAAGUACCAGAUAAGAACUUGCAUCUAUACUAUAAGAAAGGAAACGUGGGGGAUGAUCCCAAUGCAGAGGAAAGGCUGGAGGAAUGGGAAAAUGAGAAAACUGCUAUAAAGGAGUUUGUGGGGCUGUUCGAAGAAAUAACUGGAAAUGAAUUCGAGCCAUGGGAAAGAGAGAAGUUUGAGAAGAAACGCUUGUCGUUUUAUCCCAUCGAUAUGGAUGAUGGAGUAGAUGUGAGGCAUGGAGGGCUUGGUCUUAGGCAGCUAGGAGUUGCAUCUGUUCACAGUAAGCUUGAGCCCGCGAUUGCAAACUUUAUGAAGGUUUUGUGCAGCCAGGAGAUUUACAAGUAUGCUCUCAUGGAGAUGGCACACGAUCCUCCGGAAUUACCUAUGGGAAUGCUUUCUAAUCUUCACUUGAAGAGAUGCGAAGAGGUCCUUCUGGAAUUCAUAGAGAAAGUGAAAUCAAUGAAAGAGACGGGGCUUAAGGCUGAAGCUGUUUGGACAGAUUAUAGCAAUAGAUGGUUCACUCUUAUGCACUCUACCAGGCCUUUGAUCUUCAAGGACCAUCAAGAAAUUGCAGAGCAUGCUGCAGCUGUGCUGGAGGGUGUUCGAGAUGUAACAGUGGCUUCACAUCUUAUCGGAGACAUGAGUGGAUCUACCAUCGAAGAUCCACUCUCAGAUCGAUAUGAGAAACUGGGUGGUUCUGUUUCUCUCCUGGAGAAGGAUUCAGAUGACUACAAAAUGAUCGUUAACUAUCUGGAGAAAACCUAUGAGCCUGUGAAAGUUGGAGACAUUGAAUAUGGAGUGAGUGUUGACAACAUUUUUACGGUAGAGUCGACAGCUCUCCCCAGCUACGAAGAAAUAAAGAAACUACCAAACAAAGUCCUAUUGUGGUGUGGCACCCGAACUUCAAACCUCUUGAGGCACUUGUACAAAGGCUUCUUGCCAGCCAUAUGCUCUCUUCCAGUCUCGGGUUACAUGUUUGGCCGAGCGAUUGUGUGCUCUGAUGCUGCAGCAGAGGCAGCUAGGUAUGGGUUUACGGCCGUAGACAGGCCAGAAGGGUUUUUGGUCCUGGCCAYUGCAUCUCUUGGAGAGGAGAUCACAGAGAUGACAAGCCCACCUGAGGAUACAAAAUCGUUGGAAGAGAAGAAGGUAGGAGUUAAAGCAUUGGGGAGAAAGAAGACAGACGAAUCAGAACACUUUGUUUGGAAAGAUGACAUUAAAGUUCCUUGUGGCUCUUUGAUCGCUUCAGAACACAAAGAUAGCCCUCUUGAAUACAACGAGUAUGCUGUCUACGACCCAAAGCAGACAAGUAUAAGGUUCUUGGUGGGGGUGAAGUACGAAGAGAAAGGUGUGGUGAUGGAAACACAGGAAUGAAGGAAAAUGGAAGCAGUUGUCAAAGCAGGCCCUGCAUGGAUCUCUCUCUACCCCUUUUGCUCUAUUUUUGUAAAGAGAAGAGUGUUAGUUUUGUUCCCAUGGAUAUAAGUUGCAUAUUGUAGGGAAUGUUUGAUUCACUUCGUAGUGUAGGUAGUGCAUAUAAUCAUAAUCACUAAUCUGUUGUAGGAAGUACUCGGUUUCUGUGACGCCUUUCCACAGUCUUUCUUAGUUCCACUUAGUUUCAAAUAGAUAAUACGAACAGCAAUAUGUAAUGUUUAGCUACGGCCUGUUGCCAGGUUUUGGUGUGACAAAGCUACAAUGUUGACAUCUGAAUAAAUUUCUCUGAUUCCUCCCCUCCCCUCAGUUUGGAUUAAA